CGGGAGGGGGGAGAGGAACCGGCAGCGCCUGGACCCGUCCUGGGAGUCUUAAUAAAGCCCAGAGUAAGCUGUGUGAGAUCAGGCUUGGGUGGCACACAUGGGGAGCUCGGCAUCUUCCCUGGGAGCAGAGGGACAGUCAAACCAUGGCUUCGUGGGUACUGCAUACUCUGGGCACAGCCUGCCAGGCUGGCAUGGGACUGUUCCCCCGGGAGCUCUAUGGCCAGGCACCGUUCUCCCUUUGUACAGAAUACACAGGCUUCCGGUCCCCAUGGAUGCUGCCUCUUCUAUUGGGGAGUGGUCAUGCUGCCGCUGUACCUUUCUUAAUCCACAUGGGCAACGGCACUGCUCCAUCUGUGAAGCUCCACGUCACCUCCCAGACCUCAAUCACAUCCUACGUCUGAGCACAGAAAAGCGGUGGUCCUGCAGCCGCUGCACUUUCAGCAAUCUCACUCCCUCCAACCCAUCACCGCCCCCUACAGGCUGCCAAGUAUGUGGAUUCUUGCCACCCGCUCCUGUUUCCAAUGGGAUUGCUCGAGGACCACAAGAGGAGGCCAUGUCUCCCACCGAAGAGAUGGAGCCAGCGGAAACACCUGCUACUGUCAUCCCUUCUGUAACAUCUUCAGGAUGGAGUUGUCCUCGCUGCACCCUACAUAACACUCCUGUGUCCAGCUCUUGCUCAGCAUGUGGAGGGCCACGCAAACUCUCCCUGCCCAAAAUACCACCAGAGGCAUUGGUAGUUCCAGAGGUCAUACCUCCGCCAGCUGCUUUCCAAGGGUCUGAUGAAAAUGCCACCUCACCACUCCGAGAACUAGAUUCUCCCCGACCCCUGCCACCACUGCCACUUUCUCCAGGACCACACAAUGUUCCUGUUCCUAGGAGCAGAAGGGAGGUGGCCCCUGAUAACACACUUUCCCCACCUCCUUCUGCUCCCAGCCGCCUUCCUGCUAAGCGUUUGAGUGUCCUCGACGAAGAGAUGGCCCCUGCAGAACCUUCUCCAGCAUCUUCAGAGCCACAAAGCUCCGACACCAGCUGGCCCUGUGGGAAAUGUACUCUGAGAAAUGUAGGCAGUGCCAGCCGAUGCCGGGUCUGUGGAGCAGUGCGUGGGAGUGAGGCUGAGGCUAGCCAAAGUGGAGGACAGGGUCUGCCAUCUCCUUCCAGCACAACAGUCCUCCCCAUACCAGCACCCCGCAGGACAGAAUGGGCCUGUCCGGCUUGCACUCUGCUGAAUGAGAUAGGGUCCACACACUGCGCUGCCUGCCACACAGCUCAGCGAUACCUAAAACAGCACCGCAUGCGAGGCGCACGAAUGCUCCGACGCAGGGAGAGUGUUCGAGUGGAACAACGCAGGCAAACAGAUGAAGGCGAGGCCAAGGAAUUGUGGGAAAAUAUUGUCAGCUUCUGUCGGGAGAACAGGGUGAAUUUUGUGGAUGACAGCUUUCCCCCUGGCCCUCGCUCAGUAGGCUUUCCUGAGUCUGACAGUGUCCAGCAGAGGGUCAAGCAAUGGUUGCGGCCACAAGAAAUUAACUGUAGCAUCUACAAAGACCGUGGUGUCAAGUGGACAGUUUUUCGAACGCCGCGGCCUUCGGAUAUUCUUCAAGGACUUCUGGGAAACUGUUGGUUCCUUAGUGCUCUGGCUGUCCUGGCAGAAAGACCAGAGUUGGUGGAGAGGGUUAUGAUCACCAGGACUAUCUGCCCAGAGGGGGCGUACCAGGUGCGGUUAUGCAAGGAUGGGACGUGGAGCACUGUUCUGGUGGAUGAUAUGCUGCCGUGUGAUGAGGCUGGAUACCUACUGUUUUCCCAGGCACAAAGAAAGCAACUGUGGGUGGCACUGAUUGAGAAGGCCUUGGCAAAACUUCAUGGCUCAUACUUUGCCCUUCAGGCUGGGCGUGCCAUUGAGGGCCUGGCUACAUUGACAGGAGCCCCCUGUGAGAGUUUGAUGCUUCAAGUCAGCUCCACCAACCCCCGGGAGGAGACGGUAGACACAGACCUCAUCUGGGCUAAGAUGCUGAGUUCUAAAGAGGCCGGGUUCCUUAUGGGUGCAUCCUGUGGAGGCGGAAAUAUGAAGGUGGAUGAUGCAGCCUACGAAAGUAUGGGGCUGAGGCCUCGGCAUGCCUAUUCCAUAUUGGAUGUUAGGGAUGUUCAGAGCUUCCGCCUCCUCCGGCUACGUAAUCCCUGGGGCCGAUUCUCUUGGAAUGGCAGUUGGUCGGAUGGAUGGUCACUUUGGCCAGAACCAUUAAAACGUGAACUAAUGCCACAUGGGAGUAGUGAGGGUGUGUUUUGGAUGGAAUACAAUGACUUUAUCCGGUUUUUUGACUCUGUAGAUAUAUGCAAAAUCCACACCGACUGGCAUGAGGUCCGUGUGCAGGGCACCUUUCCAAACAAGGCCUCCACCCCAGUGACCGUUACAUCUCUCACAGUGGUUGAACGCACAGCCCUUGAAUUUUCGCUUUUCCAGGAAGGCAGCAGGCGCUCAGACACUGUGGACAGUCACCUACUGGAUCUCUGUAUAAUGAUUUUCCGAGCUAGCCAUGGCGGCGCUGGCAAAGUGAUGCUGGGGCGGCUAAUGGCUCACAGUAAAAGGGCCGUGAAGAAGUUUGUGGGAUGCGAUGUAAUGCUGGAACCCGGAGAGUACGCAGUUGUUUGCUGUGCAUUUAACCAUUGGCAGACGUCCGUGGCCGCUGGUUUAUCUACGGCUCAGGCAUCCAGUCCGACAGGCAGUGGCAAUAACCGCCGGUCAGCCGCAGAACCGAUGGGAUACAUCUUGGCUAUCUACAGCUCGCGGCUUGUUAUGGUGGAACAGGUGGAGGCACAGCCAACAACACUCGCAGACGCCAUUAUUUUGCUGACUGAGGACAAAGGAGAGCGGCACGAGGGUCGUGAGGGAAUGACCUGCUACUACUUGACCCAUGGGUGGGCAGGACUUAUCGUAGUUGUGGAAAACAGACACCCUAAAUCUUACCUGCACAUUCAGUGUGACUGCACAGACAGCUUCAACGUGGUGUCAACCCGAGGCAGCCUCAAAACCAGCGACAGCGUGCCUCCUCUGCACAGGCAAGUUCUGGUCAUCUUGUCUCAGUUGGAGGGCAACGCUGGUUUCUCCAUCACCCACCGUCUAGCUCAUCGGAAGGCCAACCACGCUCUUCUCAACGACUGGAUGUCAAGCAAGGGGACCCACAGUCCUCCACUGUCCCCCGAGGUGUCUGGGCUCCAUGGCCCCCGCCCACUAUGACCCUCAACGCCGUGAUAUGAUCUCUGGACCCCAACAACUCGGUCUGGGGGCACAGGGAGCACUUUAGAGACUUAACACUUCCCGAUAGGUUACACUUGAAAUCUGCUCAGGACUAUUUUCCUGUGUAUGCAGGGACCCCUUCCCUAACUGAAUCCCGUUUACACACAACUCGUAAUGGAGAAUCCUGCUGUCUCAGAAGAGCCACACUAGAAACACAGACAUUUCUGUGAAAGCCACGUCAUCUCUAUCCUCCUUAAUCUUCAUAAACUAAAGGGGUGGUUAGUCAUUCAUUUCUCUUUGUUUUGUUUUUUUUUUUUUUUUAAGCGGUUUAUUCUGUGCAAUACUGAAUAUUUUUCUAUUUGAAUUUCCCAUUUGUUUUAAGAUAUUUUACUAAUCCAAAAUAAGGCCUCAAUGAAAAAACAUUAGGUCUUUUAACUCCCACGUAUAAUGUGCUUGAAGAGCAUUCAGAUUACGUUAUCUCCAUCCUUUCCCCUCAAUGUCGGCAUGCUUGCGUAUGGAUUGUGCAGGUCGGGUGAAGGCAAUUUCAUUUGGUAAAGGUCAGGUAUGGCUUUGUGGAUGUCUGUAGGUUUUUGCAUGGUUAAGGCGUUAGUGGCCUUUAAGAAGUCACCUAUUUAUUCUAAAGUAUUUAUUUAAGAAAAGAAUUGCUACCCGUACAGAAGGUGAAGUUCCUUUCAGUUCUAAGUAAAUGCUUCAGUGAUUUCAGAAGUAGAAAAGGGCAGCAUGGCUGAAUCUUUAAUUCUGAAGAAGACACUAAAUGAAAUGUUUCUGUAUGGAGGGUCAUCUGUUAAGUCUCACUGCACAGUCUGUGUCCUCUCAUCCCUUAGUGAGUGAUCCAUGUUAUUAAUUCUUGGCCUGUAAAUUUGCAAACAGGGUAUUUGUGAAAGCAAAGAACAGGUCUACUGCUGCAUACCAGACGCACACUCAAAAAAAAUCUCUAUAUAUUCUAUAUGUUAUCUCCGUAUCAGGGUGUUUGGCUGUGGAACUGAUCUGUGUAUAUAUCAUUUGCUCCCUACAGAUAUGUCCUGUUUUCUGCUUGACCAGAUAUAGCAAGCUGUCAAGACUACAAUCCCCAUAAUUCUCUGCCAGCCAUCAGCUCGAUGGCAAGAUUGGGCUGUCUCAGAGGCAUAUUUAAGUUCAGCACUCCAGCAUCUGUGGAUUGGCUCAGUCUUACGCUCUGACUAGCUUAACCCCUUAAGGAGCAAACCUCUGGAAUAAAAGGGAAUCAUGACAUGUCACACAUGUCACAUGUCCUUAAUGGGUUAAUAUGUUGGUCUUUCUAGUCCACAGCACCUGGAUUAUCAACUGCUGGGCAAAUCGCUCCAUCAAAAUGUUUGUUUUUUCCC